AUGGCCCAAUUGAACUCCCAUCCACCAUUUUUGCUACCACUGAUGACCCUUCUUCUAUCCAAGUCGCUACCAGUGUUCUCCUUACUGGGGCUAUCUCUGUCUUCCUCUUUCGCUCCCUUCGCCGCCGUGCUAAGCGGGUCAAAGAGCUGGUCUGCUGGAGUUAAGAAGUCUCUAAAGGAGGAAGCAAUGGAGAGCCUGAAAGCAAUUAGUACAGGUCCAAUUCAAUCGAAGUCUAAACCUUCACCUGUACAAGCAUUCUUGGGAGCUAUAGCAGCCGGUGUUAUUGCAUUGAUCUUAUACAAGUUCACCACUACCAUUGAAGCUGCUCUGAACCGACAGACAGUGUCCGAUAACUUCUCGGUUCGACAACUGACGAUAACAAUAAGAACUAUCGUGAACGGAAUAUGCUACCUUGCGACAUUUGUUUUCGGAAUCAAUGCUGUUGGUUUAUUCCUCUACUCUGGUCAGUUGGCAUUAAACUCUGUCAUGGAAGAAGGUUCAGAAGAUAAAGAACUUGCAACUAAAGGUGAUAAGCAAGUUAGCUCACCGAACUCAACUGUUGAAACGACCCUCGAUGGCACCGAAUCAAGCAGCAGCAAAGAUGAUCAAAGUUGAAGUAACUUGCAGUGAUGGAAGAGAAUCCGCAUGGGUAAGAUUUUGGCUGUUUUGGUUGCCAUUUGUGAAUGCUAUCUGCUUUGAUUGAUAGUGCAUUUCUAGUAUCAUCUUCUUCAUUUUGGGUAGCUCUCUGUCAUCUGUGAUUAUUAUUAUAUGGGUAUAUACACAGAGAAAAUAUAGUCUAUGAUUAGGCAGCAAUCUGCACAAUAUAUUAAUGCUCUGCCGACACAAAACUAUGGAUGAACAAUGUAUUUUA